UACAAACUCCGCACGCACCCAACCGCUUUAUAUCUGUCUCCUUCCAAGAACAAGUCCCAGUUUCUCUCUCUUCUUCUCUCUCUCUCUCUCUCUCUCAGAGAGUUUCAUAUUCAGUUUUUCUUCUUCAAUCUGUACCAACCUUUCAUCCAUAUUCAUCAAGAUCCAUCAAAUUUGGUCUUAACUAUCUAUUUUGCUGAAAUUUCAACGCCGCGUGCACGUGGUCAUUGCUGGCUGUGUAAUGCAAAAGAAGCUGGUUCGGGGCGUGAUGGUGUAUUAUUCUUGCUCACAUGUUUUAAGUGUGAAAUCAGCGAAAGAAUCUUAGUUAGUAUGGAAAUAUUGGAAUGAUGGCAUGCCAAAAUUGGCAGGCACUUUGGUCAGGGGCAACCGAAGAACAGAUUUGAACUGAGAUCCUGUUUUCUCUUAAGGGUUUAUUAGCAUGAUCUGCUGCCGUAUUGGAGAGUAUAAGCCAGCAUUGAUAUAGGGAGAGCGAUGUAUAUGUUUCUAGCAGAUUCCGGUGCCAGGGCAUAAUUUGUUGUGACAUUUAAUGGGGCAUAGACAUUUGUUCAACGCAUCCCAAAUGUUCGAGAAUGAGCAUGAUCAGAACUGGAAUCAUAUGCAUACAGACCAACAUCUCAUGCAUCUUGCCCGGGCUGGCACUUCGGACAAUGGUUCCUUCUUUUAUCCUGCGGAAAAUAUGCCAGUAGAUGCAGUACAUUUUGCAUCUCACUGGGGUCCUGCACCAAGGUCAACUGGGUAUCCUUCUUCAAGUCACAACGUGGAUGUACCACCUUAUCAACCGGAUGCUUCUGGCCCAUCUCAUGAUCCUUUUAUGCAUGUUUCAACUGCUGGAACAUUCUCUACAGCUCCAGAUACUUACGCACAACAUGCGUCUUCCUCUAAUUAUGAGAGGCAAACUUUCCAUAGUGUUGAGGGCAGUUUUAUUGAUCUUACAAUGGGCAGUGGAAGGGUUCCUCACAAGCGAAAAAGUCCUGGAAUCCCUCCAGUCUGUGAGAGAGGCAGUUCAAGCAGAUACUACAAUGCUGGAAGUUCCUCUGAUCUUCCAAUAUCUUCAGAACUACGGAUGGAUAAACCAAGCAUAGAUUCUCAGCACAUGCCUUGGGAUCACAUUAACAUGGCUCCCAUUUAUAGAGGCAGUGGCCUUUCAAUUAGGGGUGAGGGUUCUUUGAGGAAUGUGAGAAGCCGGCCUGCACUUGAUUUGGAAUCAAACCUAGCUAGGACCCAUUUGUCAAACAAUCCUUCACACCCUUCAUAUUCUGCAAGCCACCCAGUUGACCAUUCUAGCAAUGUGGAUCUUUCAGGUCAGGGCUCCAGUGCUUUGACACGGGAUUGGGGUCAUAUUAGUGCGUCUCCUGUUCCUGGAAGGGUUCUAGUUUCAGACACAGGCAGCUUCAAUCACGACACAAAUCACUUCCUUGUAGGAAGCAGUGCUGGCAACUCUUCUGCUGACAUUGGGGGAUACCAUCAUGAUUUCGUUACAAGCAGGAAUCCGGUUCCUCAAAGUUUUCAUGCUAACUCAACGCAAUCUGUGAGGGGAGUUCGUAGUAGCUUUACUCAAAGGUCUAACCCAGCUUUCAGGGCUUCUACAAGCAGCUUACGUGUGGGACAUGUGGUGCCUUCAGAUGAAGGAAUGCAGUUGGCAGCCGAGAAUUACUCCUCUAGACAUCCAAGGCCAUUGUCCACCAUAGGGUGGCGUAAUGGCGACAGGAGCGGGAGGUCGAGGAUAUCUGCUGAAAGAUAUCGAUCUUUGCCUGAUGAGGCAGGUCUCCAUGAUCGAUUUACAUCUGAGGGUUUUAUGAUUGUGGAUCGCUCAGCCUUGUAUGGAUCCAGAAAUAUGUUAGAUCAGCAUAGAGACAUGAGGCUAGAUAUAGACAACAUGAGCUAUGAGGAACUUCUUGCACUUGGGGAAAGGAUUGGGAGUGUGAGCACGGGUCUCUCUGAAGAUUUAAUAUCCAAGUGUGUGAGAGAAACAAUUCAUUGUUCAGCAGAUCUAAUUCAAGAGGAAGGAACCUGUGUGAUCUGCCUGGAAGAAUACAAGGAUAUGGAUGAUGUCGGGGCACUGAAAACUUGCGGCCAUGACUACCAUGUUAGCUGCAUCAAGAAAUGGUUGUCUAUGAAAAAUAUAUGUCCAGUCUGCAAGGGAUCUGCCAUCGCUGAUAAUAUGAGCGACAAAUAAUUUAUGAUGCCUCUUGUUCACUACAUUCUCUCAUUCUUGUAUAUGUAUAUAUUAUAUGUAUGGAGAUUAUCCUCAAAACAGAGGAAACAAUUGCAUAGUUGUAAAGGGAAUGCUAGUUGAUGCCAAUCCAUUGUUUCUGGCUUCAUUUUUAAUUAUGUGAAGCCUUUAAAUGACCUUGUUGUUUUGUACGGUGUUCAUUCAAUGAAAAGUUAUAAUCCUCCUCUUGA